GGGAUCUUAAUUUUCCUACUGCUCUAAUCAACCUGGAAGAGUUUUCACUGAACCCCAUCAGUCCUUGCUAUAUGAUAGACUGGGGAACUUCCACUUGUAGAUAUCGGCCUGGUACAUGUUACAGGCGCACAUGAUUGAAAAUUUGCAUCAAAACCCAAUUUUCUUGGCUUCGUUUCUUUCUGCUUGACUGACGGCCGAGUCCGCCGGGCGGCCAUCCGCAUCCUAUUUAGAACCCGACAGUCGGCAAACAAUUCGAAACAGGUGCUUCUGACAUCGCCGAUGGUGGGGCUCAACCGAGUUCAGGUGGGUAUUUCUCUGGGAAAUUAUCACAUCGGAACAAGCCGUGUGAGUAAUUUGAUCUUCCCUUAUCAAUGGUCCUCCUCCGCAGACUCGGCACUCUCCGCUGCCCCGCCAUGUCACGUGAAUAUCCCACCAGGUGAAGACGAACUCAGAAGUCGAACUCCUAUAGUGAGUAAGACCCCAAAUCCCCGAAGGAUCGUGUUUAGUUCGAAGCGUCGCCGAAAACUCCGGGUCCGACUGUGCAGGUUAUCCGUCUCCUGUAUUUGCAGAGCCGCUUUUGCAACAUCAAAGUCGUAGGACGCCGCCGAUUCUCCCCGCCAAGAACCCCCAAGCAACGGAGAAGCUGACGGGGGACCUUGGCGACGCGACAGCGACGGCCGAUAAGACUAGCAAGUUUUUUUUUCUUCUUCUUGCAACCCAUCUGCAGAUCGAUGUCGCAGUCUAUAAUAAUUGACUUCUCGCCCGUGGUUCUCAAGAAAAUUACUUGUCUUUUCAAUAUCAGCCCCUCAUCUGAAACCGGCCAGUAGUGGUAACUCAGAUUUGGAGUGGACCCACAAGGCGAGGCAGAAGGAGAAUUUCUAAUUCAGUCAAACAAACCCAAGUCAACUCUUUGCACAACAUGAACGCAGAUCUGCAGAGCGUGAAUAGCAUCCUCAUGGAUGGCGAGCGCAAAUGGAGCAUGAGCCCGCUCAUCCAAAAGGCCGAGCGCCAGCACAGGCGUCUGCCAGGGAUUAGGAAGAUUCCUAUUCGUGCCAUCGCCAUUAUACUGUUUAUUGCAUUCAUUAAUAUUGUCGUUUGGAUUGCUGCAGCUAUCGUGCUGCGUUAUCACCCGAAAUUGGUCUCUACGGCUGUACUUGCCUACACUCUUGGCCUCAGACACGCCUUUGAUGCAGACCAUAUCUCUGCCAUCGAUUUGAUGACCCGAAGACUGCUCGCAACUGGACAAAAACCUGUUACAGUGGGCACAUUCUUCUCACUCGGUCAUUCGACGAUCGUCAUCAUCACCUCCAUCGUUGUCGCUGCCACUGCCGCUGCAGUUUCCUCAAAAUUCGACAGCUUCAGCAGGAUAGGUGGUAUUAUUGGCAGCUCUGUGAGCGCAGCCUUUUUGAUAUUGCUUGGUGUCAUGAACGCCUAUAUUCUGUACAAGUUGAUCAAGCAGAUGCAGAAAGUCUAUAACUUGCCCGAGGGCCAGGAAGACGAAGCUUGGAAGAUUGAAGGGGGAGGUAUUCUGUUCUCCGUUUUGAAGAAGAUGUUCAAGUUGAUUGAUCGGCCCUGGAAGAUGUAUCCACUUGGGAUUCUUUUCGGGUUGGGCUUCGACACUUCAUCCGAGAUUGCGUUGCUCGGUAUCUCAUCAGUAGAGGCUGCCAAAGGCACAUCUUUCUGGGUCAUUCUGAUCCUCCCUGCACUUUUUACCGCAGGCAUGUGCCUCCUCGAUACCAUCGAUGGCGCUCUGAUGUUCUCUCUCUACAUCCAGCCCUCGGCAAACUUCCUUCCAGCCAAGCGAACGAACUCAACUUCAGAAGAGUCCACUGAAAACGAUGGCGACGAGAUUCCUCAGUCUCAUGAUAAUCACCGUGAUCCUAUCGCAUUCCUCUACUAUUCAAUCGUGCUCACUACUCUGACGGUCAUAGUUGCCAUCGUGAUCGGCGUGAUCCAACUUCUCACCAUGAUUCUGAAUGUUACCAAUGCUACUGGCAAAUUCUGGGAUGGUGUGCAGAUAGCAGGAGACUACUACGAUGUCAUUGGUGGAUCGAUCUGUGGCUGCUUCAUCAUUUUCGGCGGACUGAGCGUGCUCUUAUAUAAGCCAUGGCGGCGAUGGAUGGCCCGUCGCCACGGGCGACCCUUAAUCACGGAUGAGGAGGUAAAUCAUGAAGAGGACCUUGGACACGGUGAAGACCCCAGAGUCAUCACUUUCGAGAGAAGUGGAAGCGUUCAGGCGGCACGGACUGAGGGGGUAGGAAAGGGAGCGGCAUCGAGUGUUGCGGUGAAGGAAACCAACGAACGCCGCAUUGAGGAUGAGAUUGUCUAGAGUGAUGUUUCGCUACCGGACUAGAUAGCAUUGCUCUUAUAGACAGGCUUAUUGCGUUGCUAACUAUAAAGCAUCGAAUCAGGAUAUACUUCCAUUGUGGCCUUAGGCAGAAACAUGUGACGUCAGGCAUGAAUAGCUCGUAUCUCCCAGCCAAACGCAUUUCUCUCCCCAAACGACAAGGGAU